UCUUGCUUCUCUUCAUCUUCAUCAAUCCUUGAUAACAAACCAGUGGCCAGAGUUAUCUCUCUUGAAGGAACAUUAAUGGAGUGCUUGCUGCCUGUUAGUGUUUCCCAAGUGCUUGGUGAGAAUUAUAACUCUUGGUCUUGUUUUGUUUGUGAUGCUGAUAACCUUCUAUACAACAGCUACAUUCCUCCACUGGAUUCUCAGGAAUGGCUUCAGCAUGAACAUAUCUAUUUCAUGCUACCUGCCUUGAUGCUUAAUCAUCCUCUAACUGGUUUAGACAUGGCUGCUCUUGCUGUCAAGGCUAGUGAAGCUCUCAAUAAUGCUGCAAAGGAUAAGCUUGGCAAGAAGAGAUCAUCAAGUAGAAUUCAGGUGAUGCCAGUUGAUGGUUUUAGAGAAAAUACUGCUAGUGGUGUUGAUCUGAAGAUCUUUCCGGCAGUGAGCUUGCCAACAAGAAGAAGAAGAGGAAGUAGUAGUAGUAGUUAUAAACAACGGUUAAGUACCAUUGUUGAAGAUUCAGAGUGAUGUUGCACAUCAUAUCAUGGUCUUUUGUAUAUAUAUUUAUAUAUGAUGUUUGAUUUUUCCUGGGUAAUUUUUGUUUUAUUUAUUUAUGCACACCAUGUGAAACUAAUUGCUGUAUAUUUUUUUCCCUUUCUUUUGGUAAUUAGAGUUUGUUGUUGAUACCAUUUAUGUGAAGAAACAAAGAUGUCAUUGGUUUUUCUAAAAACAAAGUGUUUGGACUGUGUGAAUAUAGGG